AUGGCGAGCACAGACAGCACAGGGGGCCGGAGGAGGAAUUUGGCCCUGCUGCGGCACAAGCUGUACAUGGGGGAGAGGAGGAGGACGGAGCCGGUGGUGGAGAGCAGUGCGGCUGGGGAGCACGGCGCCCUGCGAAGGAGUCAGUCCGACCGGACGGAGUACAGCCAGAAACUGCAAGAAAAAAUGGCCCCACAGUCAGGGUCCUCAUCCCUGGCCACUUUGCCCCAGGAGGAUGAAGAAGCUACCAGACGUAUGAUGGCCAAGAGAGUAAAAAUCAUCACAGAGCUCAUGCAGACAGAGAGGGACUAUAUCAGCGACCUGGAUCUCUGCAUCAAGGAAGUGAUUCAGCCUCUGAGAAACAAGCAGAUUGUUCACUUUGACGUGGAUGGCUUGUUUAGCAACAUUGAAUCGGUCCAUCAAAUAUCAGCCAAACUGCUGUCACUGUUGGAAGAAGCCACGACAGAUGUGGAACCACCCAUGCAAGUAAUCGGGGAAGUGUUCUUGCAGAUUAAAGGCCCACUAGAAGACACAUAUAAAAUCUACUGCUAUCGCCACGAUGAUGCGCACACCAUGCUGGAAUCCUAUGAAAAGGAUGAAGAACUAAAGCAGCAUUUAAGACACUGUGUACAGUCCUUAAAAAAGAUGUAUGAGGAAGAAGGAAAGCCAAAUCUAAUGGAUAUGGGAUCCCUGAUGAUCAAACCAGUACAACGGGUGAUGAAAUAUCCCUUGUUACUCUGUGAACUCUUGAAUUCAACUCCUGCUUCUCACCCUGACCACAAGGCUCUACAAGAGGCCCUUUUUGCUAUGAAAAACAUUAAUGUGAACAUCAAUGAACUUAAAAGGAGGAAAGAUUUAGUGCUGAAGUAUAAGAGGAAUGAUGAUGAUGAAACCCUUAAAGAAAAGUUUUCCCGACUGAAUAUUCACUCCAUUAGCAAGAAAUCCAAGAGGGUCACCAGCCAUCUGAAAAUACUGACAGGGGGAGAACCUCAGGUGAAAGAUCAAACCUUUAAUAGGGAAGAAAAGCUGUUUCGAAGUUUAGAGAAGACGGUGAAAUUGUGUGUGAAGAACAUUUCAUCCUCCUCACAACACCUACAGGAUUCCAUACAUCUGGCUGCACAGAACAUAACUGGGCUUCAGGAAGUCUUGCAAGACAAAGAAGAUGAAGUCAAGAACCACUCGAAAAAAUUAAACAAUACUGCAAAUCUCUGUGAAGACCUUAUGGCUCAACUGGACAAGCUUGUUUUGAUUCCUCUCUCAGCACUACAAGCUUUGUUUGCAGGCCCACAGAAGCUCAUCCAGAAGCGCUACGACAAGUUGUUGGACUACAACAGCUGCCUUCAGAGGUCAACAGGAGAAGAGCUGGACCUGGCAAAGAAAGAUUAUGAGGCUUUAAAUGCACAGCUAGUGGAGGAACUUCAGGUAUUCAACCAAGCAGUCAAAAAGAUUGUGUUGAACUGCCUGUAUUGCUUCAUCACCCUCCUCAGGAAUAUUAUGUCUGCAGCACUUCAAUCAAAUUCUUCUGUGGUGGUGCCUGUUCCACUGUCUUCCUCAAGCAUCUGUGAAGUGCAGAAUCAGUUGAUGGAGGAGGUUCACAAGCUGAAUUUUGUAAAAGAAAACAGCAGCGCAACCUUUAUUGAAAGAAAACUGAGCUUUGAAAAAAAGAAACCUGUCCCUUCUCCACUCGAAUCCCCACGCCAAACAGAAGCCGACAGGUCCAAGCUGCUGUCUACGUACAGCACGGAACUGCUGUAUCAAGCUAAGCGCAAGUGCAAUGCCACGCAGGAAUUCGAUAUUGAUUUGCGUGAAGGAGAAUUGGUGGCUGUCGUGGAGCAAAAGGACCCCUUCGGAAGUACGAGCAGAUGGCUUGUUGACACAGGAAACCUUAAGGGGUACGUGUAUUCCUCCUUCCUGAGGCCUUACAAUCCAGCCAAAGUGCAGAAGGAUGUAACAGAGAACAACUUCUGUGAUGAUGAUUUUGAUAAUAUCAGCCUCUUUGUCUCUUCACGGCCCUCCUCUGACAGCAGCACAAGUCCAGGGCACAAGAAAAGUGACAGCAGCUCAUCUCUUCACUUCUGUGAAAAUCCGACAACUAAUGGCACAGGGACUGGUGCUUUUCAGGAUAUGGAUGAUCAGCAAACCUUCUACGCUGUUUAUGCAUUUCAAGCAAGAAAUGAUCAGGAACUCAGUCUUGAGGAGUACCAGAAGGUUAGGAUACUUCGUUUUUCUGACCUGAGUGGCAAUAAAGAAUGGUGGCUAGCAGAAGCCAAAGGUCAGAAAGGAUAUGUACCAUCUAAUUAUCUCGGGAAGAUGACAUACGCUUAG